AUGCCGCGUAAAACCUCGGGUAAUACAAGCGUCAAUACGGAAUCUGUCACUAUUUUUGCUGAUCCCGGGACAAGUACGAAACAAAGGGACGAAGAAAGGCUUGUUGUCCAGAACGAGUACGGAGACAACUGUAUUAAACAAGAAAGGGUUGAUGAUAUCGGCACAAAAGGGAAACCGCCAACAAAACGAAAGCGUGGUAGGCCAGCUGGAACCAAUUCUACGAGGAAUAUGUGGACGGCCUCGGAAGACAAACUUUUGAUCGAGGCCAUCCUCUCUCAUAUGGGUACUCCACCGUGGACAGAAGUCAGUAAGAAAGUGCCCAAUAGAAAUGCCAAUGCGUGUCUAACCCGAUGGAAGACACUUCAAAAGAGACUGAUUAAUGAAUGA